GAAUCAGCACCGAGCAUGGGAGCAUCUUGUUGGAAGGCACUCACCCAGCUCCAUCCCAUAGAUUGUCUGCACCUCACCUCCUCAGUGAAGCAGCCAGCAUUAUCGAAGACCCCACCCACUUGGACAUCCUCCGUUCCCAUCAGGCAGAAGACACAGCGCAUGCGCCCUGCUUCUUUGCACUGCGACUGCGCGGCGGCCGGUCCGAGGUAUGUGGCGAUCGCUAUGUAUUCCUCUGAAGCCGGUAACGAGAGCUUUCUCCUGUGGCCCUGUGUGUCGAGCAGGGAGUCAGUGGCGACUGGAGCAUGGUUUAUCCCGAAGUGGGACAGAAUAUGGACCCCUGACGGAUCUCCCAGACUGGUCUUUCGCAGAUGGGCGUCCAGCACCCCCAAUGAAGGGAUACAUCCGUAGGCGUCAGGAGGCAGCUCAGAUGGCGGGACGGAUUGUAAUGCUGACCAAUGAGCUGCAGCGGGGGAUCGAGCAGUGGGAGAGCGAGCAAGCUGUGCUCCGCAGGCAGCAGGAAGAACAACUUAAAUCGCAGCUCCGCCCCAAGGGAGCCAGGGCCAGGCACCAUGCCCCGCAGGUUCACACCGCCAGGGACACCCAUUCCGAAUAAAGGUGCCCCAGGCGCUGCUCCGACUCUGUUAUGUGGUCUGUCUGUUGGGAACAGGAGAGUUGGUUGGGUUGGAGAGCUUUCGGGAGAUGGGUGCAGCUGGAGAGAAGAUCCCAUGUACCUCAUCCCAUUCACCCCCUCCUUUUUGCAUGGUGUGUAGGUUCAAGGUGGGGGCAUUGGGGUUGAAUAGCACAGCAAGAUCCUAGGAGUAACAGCUUUGCAUCCUUUGUUGCCUCUGGGUGGGUGUAAUUAUGCAAGGCAAGUUCCUGGCAAUGGCAGAGAUCAAUGCCCAUGCAUCUCUCACAUUCCUGGGGUUGGGGGAGGACUGUGUUGAAUCGGAACAGCAGCAUCGCAGAAACGUGCAGGCGACAUCCAUGUGUCCCUUUCUACCAGGAAGGAGGGUAAUUCAGGUGGCUUCAGGACAGCAAGAUCCCAGGAGAGGUGGUGGUUAGUGUUGGGGCUGGGGGUUCCUGGAGUCCUGCUGUGUUGACCCCCUGGGAUUCCACCCCCAUGACAUCUCACCUUGCUCUUCAGCCUGGCCCACUCUGGGGCAGCCCCCAUGUCUUUCCCUUGCUUGCUCCCUGCGGCCCUGCAGAUUUUUCCUUUCCCUGUGACCCUAGACUGUUCCCUUCUGUGGGAAGGUGUGAAAGCUUACUGGAAGUGUUAGAUAGGCCAGGUGUAAAGAGAUUCAAGCAGCUCUGGUAAGAGUGGGGUAUGGACUCCCUCGCUCCCUGGUUGGAACCACACAGAUGGUUUACUGGUGAAGAAGACGUGCUUGCCCUUUAUCAACUGGGCCACUUAGUACAGGGUUUUGGACAUGGUGUUGGAAGCUUGACACAAUGCUGGUUGUUUUUAUUAAAAUAAAUUUUAUUCACAAUAAAA